AUGAACGACGAGCAAAUAUUGCAACAGCUCUUGGCAUCAGUGGAAGCAAUUCGGACGGACCAACAAGCACUCUCCUCUCAGGUGGAACAACUGCUUCAUCACCCUGAAACAUUGAAACAUCAAUCCUCCUCCUCCGCCUCCUCUUCGCCAACAAGCACAACCCCUUCCAAUUCAACAAAGCCAACCACCAUUAAGGCGAACGCAACAAGUGGUGCUGCUAGCGGCUCAUCAUCCGUUGCAUCAAAAUACCCUCAACGUGUCAUUCUCACAACUUAUCCUCAUCAAUUGGGAAUACAGCCGGUGAAUCUUCAUUGGGGAGCACAAGAUCCAAAGGAGCGUGGCCCUGUAGUUGCUUCUCGUCAUCCUGAAAGCAUCAAAAAGAGAAACGCCAUUGGUGCUUAUGGUGGCUCCUAUUGUGUCUAUCGUGCAUUGGCUGUGGCCAUUGGUGACUUGCCUGGUGAUCAUCGUCCCAACUUUGCCAUGACCGAACCAGCUUUCAAUGUGGGUCCUCAUCCAUCAUGGUAUGAUCCUCGCAAGAUUGUAUCAUUGGAUCCUUGGGGCCAUGUAUUACCACAAGUCUUUAAGGAAGAAUAUGAAAAUGGAUUGGAUGUUAGACCUACUAUUGCAGUGACCAAGGCACACAUGACGAUGGCAGAAAUGGAGAUGCUUGUAAAACAAGGCAAGCUGCAAGUGGAUGGAAAAAUUGUCGUCAAUGAUCGUGGCGAUCUUGCCGUUAACAAGGCAGCUGUUGAACCGGUUUGGUACUUGCCAGGAGUGGCUGAACGCUUUGGCAUCGAUGAAGGCUUAUUGCGUCGUGCCUUGUUUGAAGACACGGGUGGCAUGUAUCCCGAAUUGAUUACUCGACCCGAUCUUAAGGUGUAUCUUCCUCCUAUUGGAGGCAUCAGCGUCUAUGUUUUCGGCAAUCCUGCUUAUAUUUCUGACCCUGAGAAAAAAUUGACGCUUCGAGUGCAUGAUGAGUGCAACGGAUCCGAUGUAUUUGGCAGUGAUAUUUGCACGUGUCGUCCCUAUUUGAUCUAUGGCAUCGAAGCAUGCGUCAAGCAAGCCCAACAAGGUGGUGUCGGUGUCAUUGUCUAUUUCCGGAAGGAAGGUCGUGCUCUUGGUGAAGUGACAAAGUAUUUGGUUUACAAUGCUCGGAAACGACAAGCGGGUGGUGAUACUGCCGAUCAUUACUUUUUACGCACAGAAUGCAUUGCCGGUGUCAAGGACAUGCGCUUCCAAGCACUCAUGCCCGAUGUUUUGCAUUGGCUUGGCAUCAAAAAGAUUGAUCGCAUGAUGUCAAUGUCCAAUAUGAAACAUGAUGCAAUCGUUGAAUCCGGUAUCCCCAUUGUGGAGCGGGUACCUAUUCCCGAAGACAUGAUCCCAGCUGACUCAAGAGUGGAGAUUGAUGCCAAAAUUGCUUCAGGCUACUUCACAAGUGGAAAGGCAAUGACCGAAGAGCAGCUUGCCCAAGUAAAAGGUCGCAAUUGGGAAGACAUAGAGCAUUAG